AUGUUCGAUGAGGUCCUUGGCCUCCACAAUUGUGCCCGAGCAUCGUUGCAACUUCUCCCAAAUGCAACCCAGAUCGAAGUCAGCACUGAAUCCAGAGAACUGCUUACGAUCAACACGCAACGAGUUCUGCAUCAGUACACGAGACUACCAUUUCGCAUGAAAACGGCGCCGUCUAUAUUCAAGAAGAUCAUGGACUCCAUGAUAACCGGUUUCCCAGGCACGGUCGACGAUAUUGUCGUCGUCGGACAACCACCGGAGCAGGUGAAAGAACGCAUGGAAGCACUCGUCAAGCGUAUUCGGUCCACCGGAUUCAAGCUACGCUCUGAAAAGUGCCAGUUUUUCCUGCAUUCCAUCGAAUAUUUGGGUUUCAUCCUCGACGCAACCGGUCGCCGGCCAGACCCACAAAAUAUCCGCGCAAUACUGGAGAUGCCUGAACCAAUGGAUGUCAAAUCACUUCGAUCCUUCUUGGGUCUCGUCACAUAUUACAGAUGUGUCAUGGGAGUGGUCGCCUACCUGCUAAGCAGUCUUCAACAAGUAGAAACGGAUGUUAGCUUCGAAACCCCUGGUGACGCAUUACGACCCAAGCCUACCAAUCACAGUCGCAGCCGAUGCAUCCCAAUUUGGCGUCGGAGCCGUCAUCUCCCACACGUCGGUGUCCUGAUUCUCGUGGUGGUGAUUUGCCUUGAUGCUGCUUUCGCAGCCACUUCGAGAACUUUGGUUGCCUCUUUAGGCGGAGCUAAACGACUGCAUGCCAUCUCCGCUUUGGUCAGUUCAGGUAUUCUGGUUCUGCUGUUCUUGGUUAGCAUGCUUUUCGGAUGGAUCAUAUAUCCGUUCAAACGUUCCUGUACAGUUCUGUGCCCUCAAACAAUUUGGUUGAACAGCUCGACCAAGCCGAAGCGAGUAGCCCUUUGCCAGUUCAGCUGCAGCUGUUGGCGACUCGUAUCGGAUUUCAUGCAUCAGGCGCUUGACAUAUGGGAACAGUGCUUCGUGAAGGCGCGUCAUCACCGAAGUGUUUUAUGGUUUCCCAAUACAGGCUUCUUGAGUUUCUCAACGGACAUACAACAAGCCGCACAAGUGUCGCGCCUUCCAACGCAUGCACUAUCCACGGGAGUAGUGUUUGCCGCAAUGGCUAUUCUCUAUGCGACCACACUUUUAACACAAGUCAAACCUGGCCAAGGUCCAGAAGGUGGAAGCAGUGGCCAAUUCAUAGGUUAUUCCAUGGCCGGAUUGCCCUUGUUCACCCCGGGUCAGACACCAUCCCAUGGAAUGGCUUUACUGAACAAUCCGGAGACCAUGGGUUUGGGUUAUCAUAUGCGAGAGACUUUGCGUGGUAUUAUGUCAGAGCAAUCGUCUCGUCGUAUUUUCUCUUUCACCUUCGUUGAAUUGCUCUAUGGUGUUUGGACUAAUAGUUUGGGUCUGAUCUCCGAUGGGUUUCACAUGCUGUUCGACUCCACCGCACUGGUUGUCGGUCUCUAUGCCGCUGUGGUCUCGCAUUGGAAGCCGACACGAGUAUUCUCCUACGGGUGA